GCACAUGUGUUGGAACCUACUUCUAUGACUGAAACAACCAGCCUAGUGGGACUGAGCAACUACUAGAUCCUUGGACUUCCCAUUCACAGACACCCAUUGUUGGGUUAGUUGGACUACAGAGUGUGGAAAAUGAGCAUCACGGACAUUCUGAGUGCUGAUGACAUUGCGGCAGCCCUGCAGGAAUGCCAAGACCCAGACACCUUUGAACCACAAAAGUUCUUCCAGACAUCGGGCCUCUCCAAGAUGUCCGCCAGCCAAGUGAAGGAUAUCUUUCGGUUCAUAGACAACGACCAGAGUGGAUACCUGGAUGAAGUCGAGCUCAAGUAUUUCCUACAGAAGUUCCAGAGCGACGCUAGAGAGCUGACUGAGUCAGAGACCAAGUCCUUGAUGGAUGCAGCGGACAAUGACGGAGAUGGGAAGAUCGGGGCCGAUGAAUUCCAGGAAAUGGUGCAUUCUUAAGGCCUAAGUCUACGGAAGAAAGAGAGGAAGGGGCAUUCUGCCAGAAGGUUUCAAAAGCCCUGGGACUGGGAAGCUCCCCAACUUAUCCCGAACUAAUUUACUGAGUCUCCCUGAAGCCCUUCUGCAAAGCGCUCCUUUCUUGAGGGGAUGCAACGGUUUGUGGCUCUUUCUUUGGUGGAUGUGGGUAGGUUCUGAUGAUGUCUGUAAGCGCCCCCUCUGGCAGACAAUGCCUGUAAAAAAAUCACCCAAUAAAAUCAUUUCUCAUCAUU